GGUAGUAACAAAAAUGCAUUUUAAAGUAACAAAAGUGCGUAUUUACUAGUUUAAGGACUAUCAAGUGAUUCAGUUUUUACCCUGCGCCAUUUAAAACAAAACCAAGUGUACUUUACAAAGUUGUAAUUAAAGUUUAUUGAGUGUGUUUGUUAGUCUGGUGUAAUUAGUCAUCAGCAAUGUGGUGAUAUUAUGAGAUAUAAGAAUUUUAUUAUAGUUUUAAGUUUAAGGUAGUGUAGUGAAAGAAUGUCAGUGAUGGUGAAAUCCAGAAGCAAAUUUAGACUUUACACAUUUAUUUAAGGACAAUAUAAAUUCUUGGACACACUCAACACAAAAAAAAUCCACCCCACUGUGGUGACAACAACCAUCAGCACAACAACCGCCAACUCGACCUCAAUCUCUCUCUUCUUUACCAUGCUGACGUCCUCCUCCGGUCAUCAACAGCAGCCUCUGCAGUCUCAAGCGACUGCCACCAAUUCCAUCGACCACCAGAUUAACGUGCCAAUGACCAAUUUGGAGGAGGGUGGUACAGUCGCCGCCGCCGCCGCCACUGGUGGUGUUGGCGGUGGUGCAGGCGGUGCGGCCGCCAUCGGCGCCGAGUACGCGUCCAGCCUGGCCGAUCUGACGGUCAACAGUAAGCCGCUGAUCAAUAUGCUGACGAUGCUGGCGGAAGAAAAACGAGAGAUUCGCUGGAACCAUUGUCAAAGCAAUCGAGACUCACCUUGCCGAGGUGCGCAUUUUCACAGCCUCUGCAGUCUCAAGCGACUGCCACCAAUUCCAUCGACCACCAAUUAA